AUGCGUUCCCGUCGCCGGCGACGUUCUCGCCGAACCCGCACCUCGGUCGCCGAACCCGCAGCUCGAUCGCCGAACCCGCAGCUCGAUCGCCGAACCGGCAGCUCGCGACACCCUCUUAGCGCGUCACCCGCGUCUCUCCUACCCCGCUGCGCGCCUCACCGCUUAGCGCCUCACCGCUUAGUGCCUCACCGCUUAACGCCUCACCUUCCCCUUAUUUCCCCCUCUACUCCCCCUCGUUCCAGCCUCUCCUUCCCCUUAUUUCUUCCUCUGCUUCCCCUCGUUCCCCCCUCUCCUUCCCCUUAUUUCCAACUCUACUCCCCCCUCGUUCCCCCCUCUCCUUCCCCUUGUUUCCCCCUCUGCUCCCCCUCGUUCCCCCUCUCCUUCCCCUUGUUUCCCCCUCUGCUUCCCCUCGUUUCCCCCUCUCCUUCCCCUUCUUUCCCCCUCUGCUCCCCCUCGUUCCCCCCUCUCCUUCCCCUUGUUUCCCCCUCUGCUCCCCCUCGUUCCCCCUCUCCUUCCCCUUGUUUCCCCCUCUGCUCCCCCUCGUUCCCCCCUCUCCUUCCCCUUGUUUCCCCCUCUGCUUCCCCUCGUUUCCCCCUCUCCUUCCCCUUCUUUCCCCCUCUGCUCCCCCUCGUUCCCCCCUCUCCUUCCCCUUAUUUCCCCCUCUGCUCCCCCUCGUUACCCCCUCUGCUUCCCCUUAUUUCCCCCUCUUCUUCCCCUCCUUUCCCCUUAUGCUUCACCUCCUUCCCCCCCCUGCAUGCCCUCCUUUCUCCACCUGCUUCCCCUCCUUGCCCCCCAUGCUUCUCUUCGCUUCCCCCCACAUCCCCUGUUUUCCCCUGCUUUCCCCCCCUUGCUUGCUCUCCUUCACCCCCAUGCUUCACCUCCUUACCGCCCCUCCUUCACCUCCUUUCCCUCCCUGCUUCCCCCCUUUUCCCCCACGGCUUCCCUUCCUUUCCCCCCCUGCCUCCUCUCCUUUCCCCCCAUGCUUAUCCUCCCUUCCCCACCUGCUUCCCCUAUUUCUCACCCUCCUUUCGCUCAUUUUCCCCCUCUGCUUGCCGCAAUGCCUCUCCACCCCCUUACAAUCCAAUCAGCUCCUUCGAGUUUGCUUAUUCUCUGUCCUCCCUUUUUACCCUGCUUAUGCUCCCUCCUCCCUUUGCUUACCCUCUCUCUUCCCCUCUACCCUCACCACCAGUACCGUGUUUACCGCCUUCCCUUUCCAUACUGAGGGAUCUCAAGUGCAGCAUGGAACAAGAUGGACCAGUCCUCUUCAGUCUAGGCUUGCAUGUGCUCCCACUGUGUGUUGAAAGUAGUUGA